AUGGCCCCUCUCAAUGUGUGUAUGGUCGGGACCGGCGAGUACACAACUGGCUUUGUCGGCGGUGGUCAGAGUGGCAGUGACAAGAAGGUGGGCGUAGUAGGACUGACGUUAUUCGAUCUGAGACGAAGAGGAAAAGUCGGAAAGCUGUCGAUGGUAGGCACUUCAGGCCAGAAAUUCCCAGCCAUAAGAGAACACCUCCACAAAAACAUCACUCAAGCCUACAACGGCCUCGACACAUCCUUCGACUCCUUUCCACCCAACGACCGACGCGAUCCGGAAGCCUACAAAACCGCAAUCGACGCUCUAUCUCCCGGAGAUGCAAUAACCAUCUUCACCCCAGACCCAACCCAUUAUCCCAUCGCCUUAUAUGCCAUUCGCAAGAAAAUCCACGUCAUGAUCACGAAACCCGCCGUGAAGCACCUAUCCGAACACCAAAGCCUGCUCAAAGAAGCUCGCGAGAACAAUGUAUUCGUAUACAUCGAACAUCACAAACGUUUCGAUCCCGCCUACGCCGACGCACGGAACCGCGCCAUCAACGGCAACCUGGGAGAAUUCAACUACUUUUACUCAUACAUGUCCCAACCGAAAUCUCAAUUGGAAACUUUCAAAGCCUGGGCGGGAAAAGAGAGUGAUAUCUCAUAUUACCUCAACUCGCACCACAUCGAUGUCAACGAGAGUAUGGUUCCAAGCUGGAGACCGGUUCGAGUAACAGGAUCCGCGUCGAAAGGCAUAGCCACGGAUCUUGGCUGUGUGCCCGAAACCGAAGACACGAUCACAUUGCUCGUGGAUUGGGAGAAGAAAGACGGAUCCGGAAGGAGAGCUACAGGUGUAUACACAGCGAGUUGGACGGCGCCGCAAAAAGCCGGCGUACAUUCAAACCAAUACUUCCAUUACAUGGCGUCGAAAGGAGAAGUCAGAGUCAAUCAAGCAAAGAGAGGGUACGACGUCACUGAGGAUGAGGGAGGCUUGAGCUGGUACAAUCCCUUCUACAUGAAAUAUGCACCAGACGAGGAAGGAAACUUCGCAGGUCAGGGAGGAUAUGGAUACGUCUCGUUUGAGAAAUUCGUUGACGCCGUACAAGCUUUGAAAGACGGCAGAGCGACAUUGGAUGAUCUAGACAAGCGAGGUCUACCGACGCUGAAGAACACCAUUGCCACAGGAGCAAUUCUCGAAGCUGGCAGGAUAUCUAUUGAUGAAAGAAGACCAAUUGAUAUUGUCGAAAAGGAUGGCGAUUGGAGUCUACGGUAG